AUGCCUCCAACAUGGCGAAGGCCUUGUGGCCGCCUCCGCCGACCCUGGAAGAGGCAUGCUUCCUGCCUCCUCCUUCCCCCAUCUUCCCCUUGCGCAAGCAGCUUGGCUCGAGCAUUUCGCUUUCAGGUCAUUGCUGGCCAGCGGACUGGAGGCUGCAAUGGCGCCCCCCUUCAAGCAGUGCGCCAUGUGGGCCUGCGGUCUGGUCUGCGGGCUCAGCCUUGGUCGCGGCAUCUGGUGGCACUUCCUGGCCGCCCAGGCACCCCGCGGCGUCUUCGCGCCAGAGGUCUCCGCCCGCAGGGCGGAGCCGGCGGUGGAGGCCGCAGGGGCACUGCCGCGCGGCACGUUCGCUGGAGGGCCGCUGCGAGCUCCAGCAGCGCUGGCAGCGGCCGCCUCCCUGAGCGUGGUGGCCGCCCUGGCACGGAGGCGGCCCCAGUGCCGCGCCCGUGGCGGCGAGCAGACCUCCGCCAGCGCACCCGAGAGGAUGGAGGCCCUGAGGCUCUCAGGUUCCUGGCCGCCCGCGGCGCGAGGGGCGAGCCCCGCAGAGGCCAGGCGCGGCCUCCGGGGAGAGGACCUCCCGGCGGAGCAGGAGGCGAUGGCCUGGGCCGAGUACGAGGCGCGGCAGAGCAACGCCUGGGCCUGGUCGGCGGAAGCGGCGGCGCAGGGCCCCCCCCGGUCUGCACCUGCCAGCGGCGGCGAGGACAGGGCGGGGGAGGAUGCUCCGCCCAGGCGCAGCCUGGUGCCGGUGCUGGCGGGCCCGCGCGCUGUGCAGGUGGCGGCGGCGCCCGACGGUCCGACGCCCGCUUGGCGCCCGAGAGCCUUGCUCUCCGAGUGCGCGCCUGGCGUGGAGAGGGGCCAGUUCGCGAUGUCGCACGCGCUGCCGGCCGGGCCAGAGUUGCUGGAGCCCGAGAUCGUGCUGCCUCGGCGCGGGGGUCUCGGCAGAGCCGCUGAGGCGGAGGUGCUGGAGGCCGAGGUCGUAACCCCCCCGCUCACGCCGACGGCGGCGGGCGCCGCCGCGGCCGAGGCUUUCGGCGCCGCCGCGGUGCAGGCGAUGCGCGCGGCUGCGGAUCUGCCGAGGUGGUUGGCCGCCGAGGUCGCGCCGCGCGGCGCGGCCGCCGUGGAGGCCGCGGCCACAGCCGCCCACGUCGCCGCGGACCUCCCUGGGCGCCUGGCGGCUGAGGCAGUGGCGCACGGCGCCGCCGCCCAGCAGGCCGCGGCCACCGCGGUGCAGACCCUCGUGGCCGACGCAGAGGCUCAUGGAGCCGCCGCCCAGCAGGCCGCGGCCACCGCGGUCCGCGCCGCUACAGAGAUCCCAGCGCGCUUGGCCGCCUCAGCAGAGGCCCACAGCGCCGCCCGGCACGCCGGGGCUACCGCUGUCCUCUCUGCCGCGGAGAUCCCUGGGCGCCUAGCGGCCACGACAGCCUCUGCCAGGGAGGCCGUGGCCGGGGAGAGCCCCGAUGCCGCUGCCCACGCCCCUCGUGUCCAUGGGGGCUCCCCAGAGCGCCGCGCUCUCGCCACAGAGGGGGCCGUGCGCGACGUCGACUGGGGCGCCGUUGCGAAGGAAGUGGCAGUGCACGCCGUCCAUUCGGCGAGGGACCUCCCAGCUUGGCUCGAGAAGCAGCACGAGUUGCGGCGAGAAGCGCACCGUCAGAAGCUGCAGGCCGAGGCCGAGGCCGAGGCCGAGGCUGAGACUGGGGCCGGGGCGGCGCCGAGGCUGGCAGAUAGAGACCAGCCGUUUGCCAGCGACGCAGACCUGCGGGCAACGCUGCAGAGGGCAGAGGAGGCCCGCGAGCGCCUGACCGCUCGCGUGGCCGAAGGGGCGGCCAGGCGCGCCCGGGCAGCCGCGGCGGACGCUGAGAGGCUGCGGGAGGUGCGGGGCAUCCGCGACAGCUGGGCGGCUCACCGCAAGGAUCUCAGCGUCUGAGGCGCGGCCCGGGGGCCGCCCCGGGGGGCAGCUCGCGCCACCUGCCGAGGGCCCCCGGAGUGGCUUGGCGCCGCGGGGACGACCGCGUGGGGCCUGCGCCGGUUCGUUUCGAGCGUUCUCGCUUGUGGGAGGCCCGCGCGCGCACGCUCGGUGCUGGCAGCAUCUGGCCCACGGGGGUACUCGCUGGCACGCCUCGCGGAGGCGCUCGCGAGCGCACCUCGGGAACGCCUUUCUGGGAGGGACGUCGCCUCCGAGACUCUGUCCAGACUUGUUCGCCUGUACAGCCCACAGUGGCGAGGCGUGUGCGAGGAGCCUUUUUUGAUUAGCCCUCGAGAUUCUCCAAGAUCUGCCGUCGCAGAAUCGACAUUUACUGACCUCCAUGGUCCCUGCCGCGAUCCUGCGCGCCGUCGGCGCGCCCGCCCUGGCGGCGAGCGCGGCUGGCAGCGCUCGACUCAGCCUCUCGGUUUCCCUCUCCCUUUCGGCGCCGUUUGGCGACCGACUUGCCAAUGUCCAACGCAGUAGUUUCUCAUGGGGCCCGGGAGGGAUGGCGCGGG